AAUUUAUAGCAAAGCUAAUGUCGCAUUCAGUUGAGUUUGUGAUCGCGUGUCGUAAAGGCGUCGAUGUUGGCGAGCGCGCAACGAUGUGAUGUGUGCGACUUAAUUUUGGAAAUUUCUUUUCGCUAAAAAAGCAAAAAAAGAAAACCCAAAAAUUUAGCAGCUUAAAAUGCGGCAUUAAAGUGAAGCAAAAAUUUUAUCAAAGUAAAAGAAGUGUUUAGACAAAAUUAAAGUAAUUUAAAGUUAGUGACCUAACUUCGCGACUGCGUUGGCGCGAUCGGUACUUUGUCACCACUGCUCGUCCCGUUCUCACUUUCUACGCAUUUCGAAAAUGUUAUACGGUCUGAUACAGUUAUCGUGGUUCGAAGCCACCACUGCCGCCUUGCCAUUUAUCACUGUCGCUUUGCUACAAUUGCUAAAUGUGUUUCUAACCGAUCAAACAGCGCGUAAAGUGAAGGCGGCCAGUGAGUUAAGUAGCGCGUCAAAUUUGUUAGCCGAAGAUGGCACAACACCAACAAAAACAACAACAAAAACAACAGCAGCAGCAACUAAUGGAAAAACAACAGCGGCCAAUAGCGCAGCGAAUGGAAAAUUGCAAAAACAAAAGAGUGAAUAUUGUGAAGACUCCAUAACAAUUAUACCUUCAGCGCCGGUGUGUACACCAUCACCACCAUCAUCUGCACGUAAUUCCAUCAAUUUGUUACAGAACCAAAAUGGCAACAAUCCCAUCAUCAUUCCACAUACGCCCUGUCUGCCCGAAAUACUCAGUGAUGAAUAUCACGAGGAUGAAGAUACACUUUCGCUGGAGAAUCUCUUUCCCUGCGAUCAGAGUGAAAUUUACGCAUCAAAGAAGAUCAGCUUCAUCAUUGACGAGCUAAUACAGACCGAAGCGAAUUAUGUGAAUAAUUUAAGCAAAGGCCUGAAGAAUUAUGGUGAAUUGGAUGCGCGUGCGGAUGCGCCCGAUGCGCUCAAAGGUGCUGACAAUCGCCAAAGGCUGCUGGGCAAUGUCGAGGAUAUUUUGGCGUUACACGAGCAACAAAUCCUGCCGCUAAUGUUGCGCAAUCAACGGGACUUGAAGGCUUUGUUCGAUGAGUUUUCCGUGUUUUUCGACAAAAACGACUUCUAUUGUUAUGUGAUAUUCAUGAUGAAUAAAAAGACAUCAAUGCAGCUGCGACAGGAGCAACGCGAAUGGUUGCAGGUAAUUGAAGAAUUUUAG